AUGGCCCACGAAAAUUGGCCUCAGAAGGCUUUGUGGCCCGUAGAGAUCACUGAUAUUGUGGCCCUUUGGCACACAUAUCGGAUCCCAAUUAUUCUCUCGACCUUCACGAUCCUUAUAGUUUUUCGAACCAUUCUCCAUAUCCGAGCACCCCGGGAAAAGCUAUCUGACUCGCCGCCUCCGUCCUCUCCAAACCUGCCUGCCGAGAAAGAGAAACUCUUGGUAGUAGACUCGAAGAUACCCGUGGCGAAGGCCCCCCGAAGAAUUGUGGGUGGUCUUAAAAAGCGGAGUUCGUCACAAGAAGAUGCUAGACCCAGAGAGCAAAAGAUUCAGGUGUUGAUCUUCUUCUCGUCCUUGACUGGCACCACCGAGAAGACAGCCAAGGUAUUCACGGAACAACUGGCCAAGAGCCAGGCAGAUUCGGCCAUCUUCCUCGAACCUCAAUUACUUGAUUUGUCAUAUAUAGACUACGACGAAUACUUCAUUACCCCACCAAAAGGCGAACCUGGAAUUAGCUACUUCUACCUUCUGCUCCUGCCAACGUAUAACAUUGACACGGUGCUGGACAAUUUCCUCGAGCAUCUGCAAGAGACGCACCAUGAUUUCAGGAUAGAUACUGCGCCUCUGUCCCCAUUACUGGGGUACUCCGUGUUUGGAUUUGGGGAUCGAGAGGGCUGGCCGACGGAAGAAGAGGGGUUCUGCUCGCAGGCGAGAGAAGUGGACAAAUGGAUGGCCAAACUGACCGCAAGGAAGAGAGCAUUCCCCUUGGGCCUGGGCGACCCCAAGAGAGAUGCUACUGAGCGUCUAAAGGAGUGGAAAGAAGGGGUGGAGGACGUUUUAGCCCAUAUUGCCGAAACUGGAAGUCUAGGAGAGGGCGUCGUUGGGAGUGGAGAUGCUGUUGAAAGUGACGUUGAAGACGUGGAUGAGGAUGAUGGGGAGGUCUUGUUUGAAGAGCAAGAGGUCGCAAAACGAAAGUCAAGACUCCAGAAGAAGGAUACAUUAAAUGACCUGGAAGACAUUGGCGGUACUCUAAACAAGACUCCAUCCGCGCAGAAUGUCGAAUCGUCUGCACCUCUCGAGGUAGACUUCACCACUUAUAGCAAGGGAGGUCGACCUACAGCUCCACCUACAGCUCCCGCAGUAACCAAAGAGAUGGUUCCUAAAAAUUCCCCUACCUACACUGCUCUUACAAAACAAGGCUAUUCAAUAGUUGGAUCCCACUCAGGGGUCAAGAUCUGUCGCUGGACCAAGUCCGCCCUCCGCGGCAGAGGGUCCUGUUACAAAUACUCCUUCUACGGCAUCGCCUCCCACCAAUGUAUGGAAACGACACCCUCCCUCUCUUGCUCCAACAAGUGCGUCUUCUGCUGGCGUCAUGGGACCAACCCUGUUGGCACUACCUGGCGCUGGGUCGUUGACCCUCCCGAUCUGAUCUUUAACGGAGUGAAGGCUGGCCACUACAAGAAAAUCAAAAUGAUGCGUGGCGUGCCUGGUGUCCGCGCUGAGCGUUUCGCAGAGGCUAUGCAGAUUCGCCAUUGCGCGCUGUCUCUCGUGGGCGAGCCCAUCUUCUACCCCCAUAUCAAUGAGUUCACAGCCAUGCUGCAUAAAGAGCACAUCUCAUCCUUCCUAGUCUGCAACGCUCAGCAUCCAGACCAGCUCGCAGCCCUGAAGCCCGUCACUCAACUAUAUGUCAGCAUCGACGCCUCGAACCGCGAAUCGCUGCGCAAGAUCGACCGGCCGCUGCACCGCGAUUUCUGGGAGCGGUUCCAGCGCUGCCUCGACAUUCUCCGCGAGAAGCGCUUCCAGCAGCGCACCGUCUUCCGCUUGACCCUCGUCAAAGGCUUCAAUAUCGAGGAUGAGGCCGAGGGCUACGCGGACCUCGUCGAGAAAGGCCUCCCCUGCUUCGUCGAAGUCAAAGGCGUAACCUACUGCGGCACCUCCUCGUCCGCGGGCGCCGGGCUCACCAUGCAAAACGUGCCCUUCUACGAAGAAGUGUGCGCCUUCGUCGAAGCCCUGAAUGCGGCGCUCGCCCGCCGCGGCCUGGCCUACGGCAUCGCGGCCGAGCACGCCCACAGCUGCUGCAUCCUGAUCGCGAGCGACCGGUUCAAGAAGAACGGCAAAUGGCACACGCGCAUCGAUUACGAGAAGUUCUUUGAGUGUCUGGAGAGCGGCAAGAGCUUCACGCCUGAGGAUUAUAUGGGCCCUGAGACGCCCGAGUGGGCCACGUGGGGCAAGGGCGGUUUUGAUCCGAGGGAUGAGAGGGUGUUCAGGAAGGGGAAGAAUAAGGUUGCGUUGACGGGGAGUCAGGGGGAGGUUAUGGGGGAGAAGGAGGUGGUUGAGAUAGACUCAUGA